CUUCUCAGGUAAUGAAUAUUGGUUGCUGGCGGGCUGAUCUUCUCCCGACACGUCUAUAUAAACUGGUCACCUUCUGGCCCUUCCUUUCUAUCUCUUCCUUCUCAUCAUCAGUCUCAAACAAGCCUCUUUCUCUCCUACCUUCACUCUCCACUUUCUCCUUUCGAAAGGGAUAAAACUCUCCUCCUCAUUCUCACCUAUAUAUACCUUGUGCUUUUCUCGCAAUGAAAGUUGAUACCCCCGAUUCUGCUUCCACCAUCAGCAUGACCAACACUAUCACCAUCACCGUAGAGCAGGACGGUAUCUAUGAGAUCAACGGUGCCCGUCAAGAGCCCGUGGUCAACCUGAACAUGGUCACCGGUGCGAGCAAACUGCGCAAGCAGCUUCGCGAGACCAAUGAGUUGCUCGUGUGUCCUGGUGUGUACGACGGUCUGUCCGCCCGUAUUGCCAUCAACCUGGGCUUCAAGGGCAUGUACAUGACCGGCGCCGGUACUACCGCGUCUAGACUGGGCAUGGCCGAUCUGGGUCUAGCCCACAUCUACGACAUGAAGACCAACGCAGAGAUGAUCGCGAACCUGGACCCCUACGGUCCUCCCCUGAUCGCAGACAUGGACACUGGCUACGGAGGCCCCCUGAUGGUCGCCCGUUCCGUUCAACAAUACAUCCAAGCCGGAGUCGCGGGAUUCCACAUCGAAGAUCAGAUCCAAAACAAGCGAUGCGGACACCUGGCAGGCAAGCGCGUCGUCACCAUGGACGAAUACUUGACUCGCAUCCGCGCCGCCAAGCUCACCAAGGACCGCCUCCGCAGCGACAUCGUGCUGAUUGCCCGCACCGACGCCCUCCAGCAGCACGGCUACGACGAGUGCAUUCGCCGCCUUAAGGCCGCCCGCGAUCUUGGCGCCGAUGUUGGUCUCCUCGAGGGCUUCACCAGUAAGGAGAUGGCGAGGCGGUGUGUCCAGGACCUUGCGCCUUGGCCGCUUCUGCUCAACAUGGUGGAGAACGGUGCUGGGCCGGUUAUUUCCGUCGAUGAGGCUAGGGAAAUGGGCUUCCGCAUUAUGAUCUUCUCGUUCGCUUGCAUUACUCCUGCCUAUAUGGGGAUUACCGCUGCUCUGGAGAGGCUCAAGAAGGAUGGUGUGGUUGGGUUGCCCGAGGGGAUGGGGCCGAAGAAGCUGUUUGAGGUUUGCGGAUUGAUGGACUCGGUGAGGGUUGAUACCGAGGCUGGUGGAGAUGGGUUUGCUAAUGGUGUUUAAUUCUUUUCUUUUUUUGAUUCUUAAUUCCCUGGUUGUUUUGUUGUGAAAGUUUCUUAUUUUUCUGGUUUGUUUUAUUUCCCCUUCUGGUAACUAAUUUUGUGUGAGAAAGAGUUGUUGAGUUGGGUUGAACUGCAUUGGAUGGGAUUGAUUUAUUUUCGGGAUCAAAGUGAAAGGAAGGGAAGGGGGCUGUGUUAUUGGUUUUCGAGUGGGGACCGAUAUAUUCCUACUAUACAUAUCGAAGCUUGCGUGGUACAUAUACUAGUAUCUACUACAUUACCAAGAAUGGAAAUGAAAACUGGGUGUUAGAUUUCAGUUGACAGG